AUGUUUGGCCUUGUAGCAAGUGUUUUUCAGGGAGACAGCAUCAAAAACAAAGAACAUAUGAUAUUCUGUUGCUGGGAAACAUGGGCCCCAUUUGUGAGAUGGUGUGCAUCAAUGUUCAACCUUGGCACAAUCUUCUUUUUGGGGAGAUCAACAAAAAAGACAGAGCAUGUCAUAUUAUGUCACCCAUUUUAG